UGUAACACGCAGCAUAAUUGAAACAUUCGACGUUACCAAAAUAACUUGUUAUAAUUAAUUUCAAAUUAUACGUAAUAGAAGGUAAUCUAAAUUAUUAUAAAGUCGGGAGAGAUAAGUGAUAGUAUGAAGAAUACAAGUAAUUCAGAAAGUGCACAAAAAGUAAAAAAUGUGCACUUACAUAAAUCGGGUACAACAAAAGAAGAGAAGAAGGCAGUGGAUUUGUAUUGGUGGCUAUUAUUUGGAAUUAUUGUGAUAAUCACAGCAGGAACAAGGUUUUACAAAGUUACAGAACCACAGCAUGUUUGUUGGGAUGAAACUCAUUUUGGUAAAAUGGGAAGUUGGUACAUAAAUAGAACUCUCUUCUUUGAUGUUCAUCCACCUCUUGGAAAGAUGUUAAUAGCACUCUCCGGGUAUUUGACUGGAUAUGAUGGAAAAUUUUCCUUUGAGAAGCCAGGACAUAAGUAUGAAAAUGUGAAAUAUGUAGGCAUGAGAAUUUUUUGUACAUUUUUAGGUGCAACUACAGUUCCUUUAUCAUAUCUUAUCGUAUGGGAUUUAACAAAAUCUAUUCAGGCUGCAGCAUUUGCUGCAUUAUUUAUUUUGUUUGAUGUGGCAUUACUAACAUUGAAUCAGUAUAUUCUGUUAGAUCCUAUAUUAUUAUGUUUUAUAAUGUGUUCAACUUGGGGAAUGGCUCGUAUAGGUUCUCAUUGUGAUGAACCAUUUACAUGGAAAUGGUGGGGAUGGUUAUCAUUCACAGGAAUUUCACUUGCAUGUACAAUUAGUGUAAAAUUUGUUGGUGUGUUUGUUGUUCUAUUAGUUGGAUUUCACACUGCCUUUGAAUUGUGGAAAGAAUUGGGAGAUCUCACGAAAUCUAUUAUAUAUGUUGGAAAAAACUUGUUAGCACGAUGUAUUUGUCUCAUUUUCUUACCAAUAAUGUUAUACGUGCUAUUCUUUUACAUCCACCUUAUUAUUUUAAAUAAAAGUGGAAGUGGAGAUGGAUUUUAUAGUUCCGAAUUUCAGUCUUUACUAGAAGGAAAUUCUUUGUACAAUGCAACAAUGCCACGGCAAUUAGCUUAUGGAGCUACAAUCACGUUGAAAAAUCACAGAGCAGGUGGAGGAUAUUUACAUUCUCAUUGGCAUCUUUAUCCAGAAGGCAUUGGAGCUAGACAACAACAAAUUACAACUUACUCACAUAAAGAUGAUAAUAAUAUGUGGUUAGUAAAAAGAUUUAAUACCGAUAAUAUUCCGUCUGAACCAGUACUGGUAAAACAUGGUGAUUUGAUACGCUUAGAACACGUUAUUACGCAUCGAAAUUUACAUUCUCAUAAAGAGAUUGCACCUGUCUCCAGAAAGCACUACCAAGUUACAGGAUAUGGCGAAAAUGGUAUUGGUGAUGCUAAUGACGUAUGGAAAAUUUUAAUAGCAAAUGGCAAAGAUGGUGAUAUAAUUGAAACGGUUACAAGUAAACUAAAAUUUGUGCACUACCUGCAUCAUUGCGUUUUAACAUGCAGCGGUAAAACGUUACCAAAAUGGGCGUACGGUCAACAAGAAGUUUCUUGUAGUCCGAACAUGAGAGAUAAGAAUGCAUUAUGGAAUAUCGAAGACAAUAAUUAUGCUAAACUACCAAACGUUAGUUUCGAAGUAUAUGCACCCGGGUUUUUAGAUAGGUUUUUGGAGUCACACGCAGUUAUGUUGCAAGGGAAUUCAGAUUUGAAAAUUAAAGAAGGAGAAGUAUCAUCGUAUCCCUGGCAGUGGCCUAUUAAUUACCGAGGACAAUUUUUUUCUGGCAACAGUUUAAGAAUAUAUCUACUAGGUAAUCCAAUUAUAUGGUGGGGAAAUAUUGUAUUUUCAAUACUUUUUAUCGUAUUGUAUAUUCACGCUUGCGUGCGAGAGCAACGCGGUUGCGUUGAAAGUUCUGCCGUCCUUGAACAAAGGAAUAAAAUUGUGAAUGCAGGAAAAUGGUUGUUUAUUGGCUGGGUAUUGCAUUAUGCGCCGUUUUGGACAAUGACUAGAGUUUUAUACUACCAUCAUUAUUUCCCAGCCUUGUUGUACAGUUCAAUGUUAAGUGGGAUAACUUUGAGUUAUAUUAUUGAAAGUUUACUCAUUUUAUUCCCAAAUAAAAUAGGACAAGUUAUAUACCACACAAUAGUGGGGAUCGUUAUUUCUAGUACCAUUUAUAGCUUCUACUUGUUUUCCCCACUGGCCUAUGGUAUGGUUGGUCCCUUUUCGGUAGACCCUGAGAGUUCAAUGUAUUCUUUAAGAUGGUUGGAUAGUUGGGAAUUUUAA